AUGAGUUCUUCAGCUAUAGCUGCGACCCAUCACUGGGUGAACCAGCGGCGGUCCUACGAUGGGAAUUUGUGCACCGUCCGCUAUGUGGGCAAAGUCGAGGGCACCACUGGGGAAUGGCUUGGAGUCGAAUGGGAUGAUCCAACGCGGGGGAAACACUCAGGGCAGCAUCAAGGAGUGAAAUAUUUUACCUGCCUACGAAACCACCCCACAGCUGGGUCUUUUGUUCGACCCUCGCGCCCAGCGGAUAGCCCACGCGGCUUCCUGGAUGCGCUUCGGGAAAAGUACGCAUCUGAAUUCCUUGCGAGACAAGCUCAUGGCGGUGUGGGCGAGGGUGAGCAACAGCUAGAGAAGCCCAUCGAGUUCAAUGGUAAGGUCGCCGAGGAAGUUGGCUUUGAUAAGAUCCGGAAACAGCUUGCGGAGCUUGAAGAGUUGAAGAUUGUCCUUAUUGAUGCACUGCGUGUGACUGGUGUGCUUGCGCAAGAGGCCAGCCGUGCGCAGAUUGAGGAAGCCUGCGGCGAGAUUGAGCGGACUUGCCCUAAGAUUGUGGAGCUUGAUCUUAGUUGGAAUCUUUUGACGGCUUGGAGAGAUGUUGCUAGUAUAUGUGGGCCGCUUAAGCGGUUGAAGCUGUUGAGACUGAAUGGGAAUCGUUUUGGACCUGUGGAAGAGGGCCUGAAGUUUGAAGGAGUUGAAGAGCUUCACUUAAAUGAUACUCUACUUUCUUGGGAACAGAUAUCGGGAGCGACAGCUCAGUUUCCAUCACUUACAUGGCUUUCAGCCGCAGGAAACCAGGUCUCUAUGGCCACAACUCCAAUAUCCAACACCAUAACUACGCUGGUCCUUGAGAACAACGAAAUCACUUCAGUUUCCUCUAUCAAAGCGUUGACAUCACUCUGCAACCUGAAACAUCUCUCACUACGCGGCAAUUGCAUUGAUGGAAUUUCGACGUCCGAUUCUGAAGGCCACUCUUUCAAAUUCUCAAACACUCUUCGCUCUGUUGAUCUCUCGCGAAACAAAAUCAAUUCAUGGCUAUCUAUCAACAAACUAUCCGACCUCUUCCCAGGGCUACAAAACCUCCGUAUAUCCGGGAACCCUCUUUUCAACCAACCCGUGGCACCGUCAUCCAUCACCGGCAUGCCGGAGAAGGCCAUGACUGUGGACGAAGCAUACAUGUUAACCCUAUCUCGUAUCGAAAACCUACAGAUGCUCAACUACAGCACAAUAUCUGCAAAAGACCGCAGCAACGCCGAGUUGUACUACCUGUCCUUAAUUGGAAAGGAGCUGUCAGCGUCUCCCGAGACUGCGGAGGCAGAUAUUCUCAAGCCACACCCGCGAUACGGUGGGCUCUGCCAAAUUCACGGUGAGCCGCUCAUCAAACGAGCCUCGAAGACAGUCGGGGCCGAUGCGGUUGUUAACCCACGCUCUGUUGCCGCACGAUUAGUGCGGAUGGCAUUCCGUCUACCACGGGAAGACUCCGGUACUGCCAGCGACGAUCUAGUCAAAAUAAAGGAGAUUCCCCGAUCAUAUGAUACAUAUCAGGUGAAAGCAAUAGUUUCUCGCUUGUUCGGGAUUACUCCUUUCGAGUUCCGGCUCAUCUGGGAAACAGACGAACUCGACCCGGUAAGCAAGGAGAAUAUGGAUAUCGAAGACGAAUGGGACAGCGAAGAGGAAGAUGAAGCCAAUGAUAACGACAUGCUGGGCGCCGGGGCAGAUGCCAAAUUUGUGAAGCGUGAAGUUGAACUCGUGGAUACGACGAAGGACAUUGGGUUCUGGUUUCAGCCGGAUCUUGUAGAGGCUAGGAUUCGAGUUGAGCUUACGUCUAGCCAGUAG